CUCAUGUCUGCAGCAGAUGCUGUGCUGAGUUUGUUGAACUAUCAGAUCUGGAACUACAUGUCAGAGAUUGCUCUCCCAAUCAGUUAGUCCUGAUCGUCAAUGAUAAUGAAGUUCCAGUGUCGUCUGCUGAAAUGUUCCCUCUAGCCUCGUCGCCCAGUAAACCAGGGGAACCAGGCAAAACAGUCAACAACUCUGAAAUGGAAGAGUUCAGUGAUCUGUCGGAGGAGAAAUCGGAGGUGAAGGAAGAAUCCAUGGAUGUUUCCAGAAGUAAGAAUAGCCACGGCUGGCUAGAUAGCCCCAGUAGCACCAGUUGCAGCCGGAAAAGCAGUACUGACAGCAUGACUGACAUUGUUUCAUGUACCUCAGUUCUCCCAAUUUCACUAACUCAACCUGGCAACGACCUGUCGGAACAGCAGGGGACAUUCUCAUGGUUCAACAGCAAUGUCAUCAUUGAAAACCUAGAGAGCACUAAAGUGGCCGUGGCCCAGUUUUCCCAGCAGAGCCGAUCGGACACCGGCAGCAGUGGCAGCAGUAAGAUGGCCGUCUCAUCACUGAUGGAGCAACUCCUGGCCUUGCAGCUGCACCAGAUCCACCAGCUGCAGCUGAUUGAUCAGAUUCGUCACCAGGUCUUAUCGUUUGCCUCCCAGAGGUCUGAGGUAUCAGAGACACUGACACCCAUCAGCUGCCCUCAGGUUAGUCUAGCAUCAACGCAUGCCAGCCAGCUGACAACCCUCAGUUCCCAUCUCUCCCAGCAGCUGGCUGCAGCCACUGGGUUAGCCCAGAGUCUCGGCAGCCAGUCUGCCAGCAUUGGCCACUUUAAACAAUUAACAGCAACAGUACAGUUACCACAGAGCACCCUAGGUAGGAGUAUUGUGCACUCUAGCACUGAACCCUUACAAAGCAUGGGUAAACUCAUAGCUUCAGCAGUUAGCAAGCACCACUCUAGAAAGAAGUACACUCAUGCUAGCGGUCUAUACCCUCAACUAAAUGUUUCAGCUCAAACCAAAAGGAACUCACCGGUACUUGGCUCAGGUAGCUCGCUAAACCCAUCAAAUAAACCACGUCUACCUCAGCCACCACCCAGCAAUCAAACACUCUCUAGCGCUGAACCAAGCAUUGGCACAAUUGUGCAAGACCUGAAUGCCUUGACGGCGUUAGCCAAACAAAGGAAAGGAAAACCACCCAAUGUGACUUAUUUCGAACCCAAAAGCUCUUCCGAAGAGGCUUUCUUUAAACACAAAUGCAGGUUUUGUGCUAAGGUUUUUGGGAGUGACAGUGCCUUGCAGAUCCAUUUGCGAUCCCACACUGGGGAGAGGCCAUACAAGUGCAACAUCUGCGGGAUUCGUUUCUCCACCCGUGGGAACUUGAAGGUACACUUCCAGCGGCACAAAGAGAGGUUCACCCAUAUCCAAAUGAACCCUUACCCUGUUCCAGAACACCUGGACAAUAUCCCAACCAGCACAGGAAUCCCAUAUGGCAUGUCUAUGCCACCAGAGAAACCAGUUACAUGCUGGGUGGAUAGUAAACCAUCCCUAGCCACCUUGACUACUUCUGUAGGCCUGUUGCUCCAAACUGGAUCACCCAACUUACCCUUUCUCAUCAAGAAAGAGGAGCAGCCUGUCUCAAUAACUGCGUAUUCCAGUCCAGGUAUACGUGAAUCAUCUAGUGAAGUAAAGUCUACCAAGAGCAUAGACUUGGUAGAGGCUGGAAAAGUCCCAACCUUCCCCACCAUGAAUCUGAAAACAGAUGACGUUAAACCUCCUUUGACCUUUGUUUCGAAGAUGAGCUCCACAACCGAAAUAUCCGCCGACGUCGCUUCCAUCAGCACAAAUCCCAUCAAGUUGGAGCAGUUCAAGACCAAACAUCCCUUCAGAGGAGGAUCAAUUGAUCCCCUGCAGACAUCAGAGACCUUGAAACUCCAGCAGCUGGUUGAGAACAUUGACAAGAAGGUGACUGACCCCAACGAGUGCGUCAUUUGCAACCGCAUACUUAGUUGUCAGAGCGCCCUCAAGAUGCACUACCGCACCCACACAGGAGAGCGGCCCUUCAGAUGUAAAGUGUGCGGACGGGCGUUCUCCACCAAAGGGAACCUGAAGACGCACCAUGCGGUUCAUCGCACCAUGCCGCCACUGUGGGUCUACCACUCCUGUCCUAUCUGCCAGAGGAAGUUCACUAACGCUGUUGUCCUACAGCAGCACAUCCGUAUGCAUAUGGGUGGUCAGAUUCCCAACACCCCUCUCUCUGAACAGAACUACCCAAAGUCAAUAGAGUCUGGCGGAGGUUCAAUUGAUGAUAGGAAAUUAGAAGAGUUGGAGAACCCUUCUGAUGAUGAUAUGGACUUCAAUGACAGUGGGAUCGCAGGCAUGUCCAGGUUUAAUAACGCCUCAUCCGGCAGCUUGUCUCCCGCUCCUUCUGAUAGUACAGGAGCAGGCUCCUCUGAUGCCCAGAUGACAAGAAACUAUCAUAGGCAAGUGGAGGAGAAGCAGGUCAACUGGUUUAAGACAAAGGGACUGGCUAAAGAGGAUCAGCAGGUCUAUGACUCAUCAUCUCUUAGAGGUGACCGAAGUGGUGGGAGCCUUGCUGUUUCUGAGAAUACAGUUGACAAGCAGUCUCUGUCCCCAAGCAAGAGUGUUCCAGUUCGUUCUAGCCCCACAAGCUUUGAGGAAUUGUACCAGAAAGCUUUAUCCCAGGCACAUAUCAAUCCAAGCCUUCUGCAGUUCACUGGCACUAGUCCACUGGCGUCCCUUGACCACCUAAAAUCUUUAAACCCACUGAAGGAUCCCACUAACAUGGUCUACUCUUUCUGUGAACAACUAGGCAUCUUCAAGAACAAUGAUUGCGAUAUUUGCGGUAAGAACUUUGCCUGCCAAAGUGCCUUGGACAUCCAUUAUCGAAGCCAUACCAGGGAGAGACCAUUUAUUUGUACAGCGUGCAACAGAGGGUUUUCCACCAAGGGGAACCUCAAGCAGCAUAUGCUAACCCAUCAGAUGAGGGACCUGCCAUCCCAGUUGUUUGAGCCCUUCACUCCCAGCCUUGCCUCCAGCCCCAACAACUCCAUACAUCCUCUGGGGUCCCAAAUGAUCAAGACAGAAGUGAACAGUUUCCUGGGUAGUGCCCGCUAUGGGGAACCAAGGGAUCUUCUAGGCAUUUUGAGUUUGAGGACGUCCUCUGCCUCUUCCUCCCCAGCACUCGUCAUCCCGCCACCUCGACGGACUCCCAAGCAGCAUUACUGCCACUCUUGUGGGAAAACCUUCUCUUCCUCUAGUGCCCUGCAAAUCCACGAGAGGACUCACACCGGGGAGAAGCCGUUCGCCUGCACUGUCUGUGGUCGGGCAUUCACCACCAAAGGAAAUCUGAAGGUCCAUAUGGGAACUCACAUGUGGAGUAGCGCCCCCACCAGGCGAGGACGCAGGCUGUCUGUGGACGGACCAUUGAUGUUUAUGGGAACUCAUCCUGUGAAGCUACAAGAGCCUCCUCAGAGGCCAGACAUUAGGUCCAGUAAUGGAGACUCCUUUUGUUUCUGGAACCACUGUACAGACUCCUUCUCUAAGAACUUGGCCAUGAGGAAUAAAGAUAUCUCAGUCGGAUCUUACCUCUCUGGACCAAUGGAGCAUGGGGCCAGCUCACCCAUAGGGGGCGUAAAUGUUGGUCUGGACAAAUUGCACCAUACAGAACACAAUGCUGCUCUCGAGCUGCCUGGUAAAAAUGAUACCAAAAGAGCAACUCACUUCUGUUUCCCUCAUUUGAUAGAAGAGAGGAUGGAAAUGAUUGCAAAUUAACAAGACUGAAUAUUAUCUUAGGAGGAAAUGAACUGCGAUGUUGGAAUAGACAGAGUUUCUAGGAGUUUGUAUAUAAAUGAUAAUAACCUUAUUUGGAGUCAAGUGGCUAGUAAAGUCUCCCUACUUUUCAGUGUGCUUAUUAGAGUUUUACUAUUUUUUAUAACCUAUUUACAUGGGUAGAGUAGCCUAGUGGAAAUUACUAACUUUAGAAGCCUUUUAAAACCUUGAAUACUCUACAAGUUUGCAUUUCCUGUUGUGCAGGA